AUGGCCCGAAUUCAUUGCUUGCUGUGCCUCAUUGCCGUGGCCCAGCCGCCGGCCGGAGAAGCAGCUGUGCCGGAGUUUCCCUCGUGGCCACAACCACUGGCGCGAGAAUCUUCCACCAGGACGUGGCCCCAAAGUUCUGUCGCCAUUCAGAAGCAGGCCGUCGCGGCGAAGCCGCAGAGACGUCUGCGACGCCGCGUCCAGGGCUCCAAGGACCGAGCCUAUGUUUGGAAGGACCACAGAAGGCUUCAAGAAGAGCGGUGCUCCACUACAGCUGACUGUGGUCCGAACCGAUAUUGCAUGAGCUGCAGCAAAUGCGGCGAGUACCAUGCCUCGCUUCCACAGGAAACCCAGAGGCGGUGGACCUGCGAUCCGUGCCAAGAUGGCGCGAACAUUUGUGAGUCUGGGAAGUAUUGCACUGUGGCACAAGAUCCGGCAGAAGGACAGUGCCCCACGAAGUAUCCCGGAUGCAGUCAGCACAGCGACUGCGAAGACACCGAGUACUGCUACUCCUGCGCCAAAUGCCAGGAGUAUAUCAAGACGCAUGGAACGAAUGAGACGAUCUGGCGCUGUGAGCCCUGCCCCACCGAGAAAGGCGGCUUCUGCUCGAAGCUUUGGUGGUGCCCCAUCCGUCAGGACUCAGUCUCAGGAUCCUGCCCGGAGGAACCGGGCUGUGCCCGGCACUCCGACUGCCAGGAAGGCGAGUACUGCGAAAGCUGCGAGCUCUGCCUGGCUUUUCGGAACUCUCUGGCGGAGAGCGAGCGUCCCAAGUGGCCUUGUGAGCCAUGCCCCACAGUGGGCGGCGGGAUCUGCGAACCUGCAAGCAUCUGCCAGAUCGCCAACGACGGUAUCGACAACACUUGUCCACUGCAGAAGGGCUGCGAUGCCAACAUUCAAUGCCGACCCGACCAGUACUGCAUGGACUGUGAGAAGUGCGCAGCCUACCGUGAAAGCUUGCCACCGGAGCAUCGUGUCUACUGGCCUUGCGGCUACUGCCCAACAGGACGCGGCGGGCUCUGCGAGCGGCGCGUGUUUUGUUCCGUCGCCAACGAUGGCGUAUCCGAAACAUGUCCUCUCUACGAAGGAUGCUUCAAGCACACUGACUGCUCGGAUACUGAGUUCUGCUGGAGCUGGGAUGCAUGCGUGCGAGAGGACACGACUGGUACCCGGAACUGCGGUGACAAGCCCAUCAAGGAUGGCUUCUGCAACCCAAUCUCGACAUGUGUUGCGGGCCGCAGCAUCGACGGGCAAUGCCGUGGGACGAAGGCGUGCAACAGCCACAAAGACUGCGGCACCGACCGCGGGCUGUUCUGCACCAACUGGGAGACGUGCAACGCCCGUUCCCCCGACAUAUGUGGCCCUCGGCCAAUUCACCGCGAAGGCGUCUGCCUACCUGUGGAGCAUUGCAACUAUGGCUUCCAUGCUCCCCUGCGCGGUGAGUGUCCGCCCUGGACGGCCCACAACGGCACUGCAGGAGGGCUCCUCGAGGUUCGGGAGGUCUUGAAACUCAAUGGCACUUUGAUGUUGGCGUCCUUCCACCAAGCCAUCAACAGCUGGGGAUCUCUUCUGUCUCAUCAGGAGCGCGACUACUUCCUCACCCAGCUGCACGAAUACGGCUCAAACACCACGGAGAGAGACGAUGCAGAGUAUGUGGGCAUCUACGAAGCCAUGGGGGGAAAGCUGACGAAGCAGCGCCAGGCCGAGGUGGCGGCAGCUGCUGCCGAGGAGGCCAAGAGCAACGUGGUUUUGUGCAAGCACCAGCUUGACAAAGCAGACACCUUGAUGCAUGCUCUGGCCUCCCAUGCGAGGCGGAAGAAGACCCGCACGGGGAAGGAAGCAGAUGUGGGCGAGCGAGAGUACCGCGGAUCAUCGGACAAGUGUCAUGUCAGCUUCAUCCUGAAACAACUGGUGGUAAUGCUGUUGUUCUUCUUCCGGCAGCAGCGGGACGAAGGCAACAACAGACUCAAGGUAAAGCUCGCCAUGCGUGCUAAGAAGAAGUUGACACCGCGCUGCUUCGUGAUCAAGCGCGGCGAUGUGGGCGACCGCAUCAAGGACCUGGUUCAAGAUUUUCGAAUGGUGAUGAUGCCGAACUCUGCGAAGGCGCUGAAGGAGUCGAAGAUCAAUCGGGUCGAAGACUUCAUUGCCGUCGCGAGUCAUUUCAACGUGUCACACCUCAUCAUUUUCACGGCGACGAAAGCUGCCACCUACAUGAAGCUGGCGAGGUUGCCGCAGGGCCCGACGCUGACUUUCCGAGUGGACAGCUUCACACUUGCGCGGGAGGUCAAGGCCUCCCAGAAGAGGCCGAAAGGCGCUGCUCGGGACUUUACCACGGCGCCCCUGCAGGUGCUCAAUGGCCUGGGCGGUCCCAAGGACGCCCCGGAGGGUGCGGGUGGUGGGAAGACUAUGAAGAUGCCGGAGCGCAAGCUCAUUGCGGAAAUGCUGCGAGGAGCCUUCCCGGCGAUCGACGUCCCAACUUUCAACCAGGCGGAGUGCCGACGAGCUGCACUUUUCCACUACGACCGGGAGAGUGAUGCCAUUCUCUUCCGGCACUUUGUCGUCAGCCGCAAGCAAGCUGGCCUUGAACGAGGCGUAAGCAAGCUGACCAAGUUCAACCGGUUGCCGAACUUGGGCAGGAAGGGCGACAUCGCUGACUUCGUUUUGGGCGGCGGUGGAGCUGCCUCAGAGUCGGAGAUGGAGGAGGGCGAAGAGGUCCCCACCACCUCGGGCAACCGCGUGGCCGUGCGGCUUGCGGAAGCCGGGCCGCGAAUGAAGCUGCUUCUGGUAAAAGCGGAGGAGGGCGUGUGCACGGGCGGUGUGAUGUACCACCGCUUCCUGACGAAGACGCCAUCGCAGCAGCAAGUUCUACAGGAGCGCGCCCGGCAGCGGCUUAAGCUGAAGGAGCGCAAUGCUCGGUUGGAAGCCAAGGCCAAAGCGGCCAAAUCGAAGGCGAAGAAGCGCAAGCGAGACAACAAGGAGGAUGAUGACGACGAUGAGCCGCCUCCGCAGUAUGACGACUUCGACGACUGCCUCAACCGCAUGUGGCAAGUCUUUACGUUGUACGCGGUGGAGAGGUCGCUUAAUGAGUUGAAGACUGAGAACCACAUCAAGGCCAAGGGGAAGGCACAUUUGUUCAAGAAGACGGUCACCGCUGACCACACCAUGAGAUUCCUGCAGGGCGAGAUGCCCCAUGUGGCCACAAAGCUCUGCAAUCUCUUCCCAGAGGUGGUUCCGCAGGAGAACCGGCCAACAGGAAUCAAGCUUCUCGAGGAGAUGCACAAGCAAUUGCAGGGGUCAGCGCCGGCCACCAGCGAGACAAAGGCUGAUGCCGAAGCGGUUGGUCAGCGGAGAGAUGCUCCAGGUCCCUCCACCAAAGGCUCCACGAAGCGAGUUGCCAAGGAGCCUCAGAAGGACCCGCCGAAGAAGAAGCAAAAGAAGGAGGAGACCAUCACGCGCAGCCUGACAUCCUUCUUCGGGCAUGCGGAGCAGGCGCAGGACGACGUUGGGUCUGGCGAACGGCAGUCCCAGUCCUAG